AUCUGGAGUUGUCUCACUGUGUAGGGCCCAACUCGCUGGGCCCCGCUGUGCCUUGGAGGUCUGGGGGGCCCUGCAAGAUGAAGAGGGUCCGCACGGUCUUCAAACCAGAGCAGCUGGAGCGGCUGGAGCAAGAGUUCCUCAAGCAGCAGUACAUGGUGGGCACGGAGCGAGUAGACCUGGCUGCAACUCUGCAUCUCACAGAGACUCAGGUGAAGGUCUGGUUCCAGAACCGGAGGAUCAAAUGGAGGAAGCAGAGCAUGGAGCAGAAGGCAGCGAAGCUGUCACAGUUUGGGGUGAUACAGCCCGCCCCCGCGGACUCGACGGACAUCAAGGACCACGAGGAGGACGCUGUGGACGUUGAGCUUUGA